AUGGCAGAUUCUGAAGAUGGUGACUUUACCUCUCUGCCCUUAUCAGAGCGGUUGACUCAUAAGUUAUGGAAAGCACGUAUGCACGGGUAUCAAGAGUUGAAUGAUGCUUUCCAAAAAGCUUCUUUGCGAUCCAUGCCGCGUGAUAUAGCACAAUAUUGGACGAGCGUAGACCUCUUUGCCUCAUACAUUGUGGAUUCGAAUGUCGUAGCUCAAGAGCAGGCCAUCGCAGCAUUGUUGAGCUUGCUCCAAUAUUUGUGCCAAUUGCCGGACACACCUAGGUCGGAAGCUAAUAGAACCAGCUGGCUGCCACUGCUUGCCGAGAAGGGGCUUGGAUCGUCUAGAGCUUCGACAAAACAGAAGAGUCAAGAAUGCAUAAUGAUUCUAGUGUCUCUGGACAAGUCUGUGGCCCCAUCGGUAGAGCUGUUGGAGCCUUUACUUACGAAUAAACUACCACGUCUUGUCGCAAGCUGUGUAGAAUGCUUGGCCCACAUAGUUGAAUCAUUUGGAUUGCAGCACAUCGCCAAUAUAUCUGCUUUUCUCCCAGUUCUCUUGGAGCCUCUGCCCCGCUUAUGCAGCCACGCCGACAGAAAUGUGAGAUCACAAAGCAUGAAUUUAAUCCUUCAACUUUACAAGUGGCUAGGCCGUGAUUUACUGCAGGAACUACUGGUAGACAAGUUGAAGCCCAUUCAGCAAAAAGAUUUGGACAAAAUGUUUCAAAAAUACUCGGGCGAUAUUCCACCUUCAUCUCAAGCAAGGCUAUUUCAAUGGCAGAAACAGUUGGCUUUGGAACAAGAAUUGAAAGACCUAGAUAAAGACAAAGACGGUGACACGCUCAUGGGCGCCGAGCUUCAAUUGAAAGGAAUGUCGAACGAGAGCGGCAAGGCAGGCGCUCAGGGAUCAUUUUUGUCCAACGCCGAUCCCUUUGAUUUACUCCCAAGCACGCAAAUCUUGGACAAACUUCCCAACGAUUUCCAAGCCAGAAUUACUUCCUCCAAGUGGAAGGAUCGUGUUGAGGUUCUUGAUGAAGUCUACAAUACAGUACUUUUACCAACCAAAAAAAUAGAAUCCAAACAUCAGGAUUACAGUGAUUUUUUGAAGAUUUUGGCGAACGUUAUAGAAAAAGAUGCAAAUGUACAAGCCGUAACACUAGCUGCUCAAUGUUUUCAUCAACUGAGCACAAAGCUGAGGAAUAAUUUUAAUAAGAAUUACGGCACUAUUGUCCUAACAGCCUUGUUAGAAAGGUCAAAGGAGAAAAAACCUUCGGUCAACGAAGCUGUCUGUGAUGCUUUGAACGAUGUUGCAAAAUACGGCGGUGUAGAUACGUGCUUGGAAGAAACUUUGAGGUUUAUGUGCCACAAGACGCCUCAAGUACGAGCAGAGAGUACCAGGUUCUUGACUCGACUGUUUAAAGUUUGGAAGCCGCAAAGUCGAAAUAUGGGCGAUGAGCUGCUAAUUAAAUUGGUACCUGAAAUAUCCAAAGCGUCACUAAAAAUAGUCAACGAUACUCAACCAGCUAUUCGUGAUUCAGGCUUCGAAUGUUUAGCCACGUUGAUGAAACUGAUUGGGGAAAGAGAAGUGUCGGAUGUAGUUGAAAAGCUCGACAAUUUGAAAAAGAAGAGGGUCUACGAGUACUUUGACAAAGUUGAAGUCUCCGAGAAUUUACAGAAACAUUCAGGUCGUGGAGCUAAUGGGGCUCCUUCGAAAGCCUCUUUCAAUGACAAUAAGCCUAGCGGCCCACAUAGCUCAGAAACGCAUCGGGGAAGAAAUCCAACUACGUUGGAGUCAAUGAAUUCUGCAAUUCCUCCAUUCAAUGAUAGUCCUUAUUCCCUCCGUAAGCCACUAUCCACGCUGCCCUCUAAAAGGGGUCCUUCGUCACCUCUUAAGUCCGGACAUAGGGUAGAAUCGCAUUCGAAUGGUCUGCCGUCAAUGAAGUCGAGACUUACCACUCGUGCUUUGACAACCGAUCCAGCUGCGGGCUCUAGUAAGAGCUCAGUUGCACUUGCCGAGCUUGAGGAGCUGAAGAAACAAAAGCAAAAAUGGCUGAAGGAACGUCAAGAGUUUUUCAACACUAUCACUGACUUUCAAAAUCGUUCGUCGCAAUUGAACGAGGAAAACUCCACUCUCCAAGAUCAACUAAACUCCCUACAGUCAACGCUACAUGAACGCAACUUAGAGCUGCGAUCCAAAGAAAUGCAAGUGACACGUCUUCAAGAUCGGGUCUCGAGUCUAGAGGCAGAAUUAGAGGCUAGAACGAAUUUGGCAUCCUCUAACUACGGCGUUCGUUCAGUUUCCUCGUUUGAGCCUCCGUCAGCCUCUCUGUCAGAAGCUAUUCCCGGUACUCCACCGCCUAGAGUGUUUGCCCGUUCUGCAUCUAAUGGCUUGGGGUCGCCAGCCGGCGAAAUACCCCGUGAGAGGAAUUUGAAAAGUCGAAUUUCGAGUUUAAAUGGCCGUGUAAGGUCGCCCAGUGAGUCAAGUGAUGACCUUCCUCGUAGAGUUAACUCUUUACAGUUAAGAUCCGAAGCCAGUCAAGCAGAGAGGGCUAUUGAGGCCUCUGGUGACAACUUUCUCAACGAUGAAAGUUGGAAACGGGCUGCCGAGGUUACAUCCCAAUUAAAAGCCCGCAUAGAGAGGAUGCGAGCCAAGACACGAGGUAUGGGAACCAGUUGA